AAAGGUGCAAACUCAAAAUGGUGGAGGCCGUGCUCUCUCGCGCCGAGAGGCGACAGCACAAGAAGAAGGCCAAGCUCACGUCUUCGUCGUCUGCCAUUGCACCGACGCCGCCAUCAACCACUGCUCCUGCUGCAGCCGACGCCUCGUCCACGAAGAAGAAGCCGUCACGCCGGGCCAAGAAGCGCAAGCGUCCGACAGGUCCGUCGUCGGCGCCUAUCACGUCGCUGGAUGCGGUUGCGGCCGGGCGCAUUAGCGUCACCAAGCAGUGGAUCUCACCGCGCCUCGUCGAGCGAUUGCGUGCGGAUGCGACUGCGCUGCGCGCGGCCGGCGCCUUUACCAAGAGCACCAUUGGCGGGCGCGUCGGCGAGAGCCAAAAGGUCAAGCGGUCCAAGCGCCUCUCCGAGUGCUGCGGUCUCUUUGACGACGCAGCCAAUGUGCCCCGCGACGUCGGCGACGUCGGUGCGCGCGACUGCGUCAUGGACCUCAUCUCGGACCUCCAUGCCACGCUCCACACAAACGUAGCGCCGCUCGGCGACGAGAUGGAGCUGCAGUACCUCUACUACCCCGGCGACGACGAAGGCUUUUACAGCAAGCACAUUGACCAGCAAGAGCGCAUUCCUGGCAAGCCCAACCGCGUCGUCUCGAUGGUGCUCUACCUCAACGCGCCCGACUGGGAAACGUCGCGCGACGGUGGCAACUUGUGCGCGUACCCAUCCGGCGCGCCGCCCGUCAACGUGGACCCGAUCGGCGGCACACUCGUGGUGUUUCACAGCGAAAAGCUCAUUCACGAGGCUCGUCCGACCAAGCGCGACCGCUGGGCACUCGUCGGCUGGUUCAUGGAGGCGCCAACGAAGCGCCACAAAGUUUAACUCGAUCAGAGUGUUGUCGGACAGAUUCCUCGGUGCUCUUCUGUCGCUAUCACCUUGCUACUCUCUUG